GGCGGCCGGGAGGAGGGGCCGCGCCGAGUCGCAGUCCCUGCCCCGCCGCCGCGCUGCGCACCGCCGGGUGCCGGCCUGCGCCCCGAGCCCGAGUGGCGGCCACCUCUACCUCCCGAGCCCGCGCGGAUGUGAGAUCCCGGGAGCCGGGCGCCUCCCGAUCGCCGGCUGAGGUGCUCCACUGCUUGGCCCCGGAGGCGGCGGCCGGGCUGACUGUGAGGCUUGUGGAUUUUUUAAAAAUUUGGCUCCGGGGAGGACCAUUUCCUCUCGACAUGCAUCCCUCCGGAUAGACUGCACAUCCUUCAGUCCACCCUCCGCCCCGCGCUGUCCGAGGCAGGCGCUGGGUGGGCGAAGAGGAUCCGGGUUGAAAUCUGCGCCCCCGGUUCUCGUCCCCGCCCCGUCCCGCCGCCCCCUCCCCCUCCGGGACUCGAAAUUGCCUGGGGAUUAUGUUUCGGAAAGGUAGGUGAGCGCCGGGCGCGGCGCCUGCUUCUCCGCACACGGACCCGGAGAACCAGCGAGGCAGCCCCCGCGACUUGCAGCGGAGGAGACAGCUCGUCUCCUCCCGUGGAGGUGUCGCCGGUGGUGGGGGGAGAGACUUGCUCCAAAAACGGACGUCUCCAGCUCUCCCCCCUCCCUGUUUUCCGUUAGGAAUCCGGCGAGGAAAUACAUGCACUCACUGAGAAUCGCCGGCGCCAGGGCGCAGCGUCACAAGGUGUAGCGAGAGAGUGGGGUGGGGCGAGAGGGGACCCAGGAGUCCCCCAGGCUCCCAGCGCUCCUGCUGCCUGCUCUUCAUUCCUGCCCUCGGGGCGGACAGAGUGACCCCGGCUCCAGUUCCCUGCCCCGACCAUGGUAGUGUUCAAUGGCCUUCUUAAGAUCAAAAUCUGCGAGGCCGUGAGCUUGAAGCCCACAGCCUGGUCGCUACGCCAUGCAGUGGGACCCCGGCCACAGACUUUCCUUCUGGACCCCUACAUUGCUCUCAACGUGGACGACUCGCGCAUCGGCCAAACUGCCACCAAGCAGAAGACCAACAGCCCGGCCUGGCAUGAUGAGUUCGUCACUGAUGUGUGCAAUGGGCGCAAGAUCGAGCUGGCUGUCUUUCACGAUGCUCCUAUAGGCUACGACGACUUCGUGGCCAACUGCACCAUCCAAUUCGAGGAGUUGCUGCAGAACGGGAGCCAUCACUUCGAGGACUGGAUUGAUCUGGAGCCAGAAGGAAAAGUGUAUGUGAUCAUCGAUCUCUCGGGGUCAUCAGGUGAAGCCCCUAAAGACAAUGAAGAACGAGUGUUCAGGGAGCGUAUGCGGCCAAGGAAGCGGCAAGGGGCUGUCAGACGCAGGGUCCAUCAGGUCAAUGGCCACAAGUUCAUGGCCACCUACCUUCGGCAGCCCACCUACUGCUCCCACUGCCGAGAUUUCAUCUGGGGUGUCAUAGGAAAACAGGGAUACCAGUGUCAAGUUUGCACUUGCGUCGUCCACAAGCGAUGUCAUGAGCUCAUUAUUACGAAGUGUGCCGGGCUAAAGAAACAGGAAAUCCCUGACGAGGUGGGCUCCCAACGGUUCAGUGUUAACAUGCCCCACAAGUUCGGGAUCCACAACUACAAGGUCCCCACAUUCUGUGACCACUGUGGGUCCCUGCUCUGGGGCCUCUUGCGGCAGGGCCUGCAGUGUAAAGUCUGCAAAAUGAAUGUUCACCGUCGAUGUGAGACCAACGUGGCUCCCAACUGUGGGGUGGAUGCCAGAGGGAUUGCCAAAGUGCUGGCUGACCUCGGUGUUACUCCAGACAAAAUCACCAACAGCGGCCAGAGGAGGAAAAAGCUCGUUGCUGGUGCUGAAUCGCCUCAGCCGGCUUCUGGAAACUCUCCGUCUGCAGAUGAUCGAUCCAAGUCAGCGCCCACCUCCCCUUGUGACCAGGAACUAAAAGAACUUGAAAACAACAUCCGGAAGGCCUUGUCGUUUGACAACCGAGGAGAGGAGCACAGAGCAUCAUCAUCUACCGAUGGCCAGCUGGCCAGCUCCGGCGAGAACGGUGAAGUCCGGCAAGGCCAGGCCAAGCGCUUGGGCCUGGAUGAGUUCAACUUCAUCAAGGUGUUGGGCAAAGGCAGCUUUGGCAAGGUCAUGCUGGCGGAACUCAAGGGCAAAGAUGAAGUGUACGCUGUGAAGGUCUUAAAGAAGGACGUCAUCCUCCAGGAUGACGACGUGGACUGCACGAUGACGGAGAAGAGGAUUUUGGCUCUGGCACGCAAACACCCUUACCUAACCCAACUCUAUUGCUGCUUCCAGACCAAGGACCGCCUCUUCUUCGUCAUGGAGUACGUCAACGGUGGAGACCUCAUGUUCCAGAUUCAGCGGUCCCGAAAAUUCGACGAGCCCCGUUCCCGGUUCUAUGCUGCAGAGGUCACGUCUGCUCUCAUGUUCCUCCACCAGCACGGUGUGAUCUAUAGGGAUUUGAAACUGGACAACAUCCUUCUAGAUGCGGAAGGUCACUGCAAGCUGGCCGAUUUUGGGAUGUGCAAGGAAGGGAUUCUGAACGGCGUGACAACUACCACCUUCUGUGGGACUCCGGACUAUAUAGCCCCCGAGAUCCUGCAGGAGUUGGAGUACGGUCCCUCGGUGGAUUGGUGGGCCCUGGGGGUGCUGAUGUAUGAGAUGAUGGCUGGACAGCCCCCCUUUGAAGCCGACAAUGAGGACGACUUGUUUGAAUCCAUCCUUCACGAUGAUGUGCUCUACCCUGUCUGGCUCAGCAAGGAGGCCGUCAGCAUCCUGAAAGCUUUCAUGACCAAGAACCCCCACAAGCGCCUGGGCUGUGUGGCAGCCCAGAACGGGGAAGACGCCAUCAAGCAACACCCAUUCUUCAAGGAGAUUGACUGGGUCCUGCUGGAGCAGAAGAAAGUCAAGCCCCCCUUCAAGCCAAGAAUUAAAACCAAAAGAGACGUCAAUAAUUUCGACCAAGACUUUACCCGGGAAGAGCCGGUACUUACACUUGUGGAUGACGCAAUAGUGAAGCAGAUUAACCAAGAGGAAUUCAAAGGCUUCUCCUACUUUGGUGAAGACCUCAUGAUGCCCUGAGAAGCUGCCUCCGGUGGAGUUAGCUGACGCUGCAGGAGGGUGCUGAGAAAAUCCCGUGUUGCAGAGGCUCAGAAGGUCUCGAACUCUUCCUCCUUCCCAGAGCCCCAGUCCCAUGUCCACUCUAUUUAUUGCAAUCCCUCCUCCCAGGCCAUGUCCUUCCCCACCCUCCCAGUGACCAGAAGGCACUCUUGGGUCUAGACUCAACCAGGAACACAGAUGAUUUGAGUUGUGUCUGCUCUGUGGGUAGCUGUGCGCAGUGCUGGAUUUGGAUUUGUCCGUCCAUCGGUAAUGCUGAAGCAACUUCAGUUCUUUUAUCACAAAGGAAUCAAACAAACCCAACACGAAGACUCCGGCUCUGCCACUGGCUAUGGAACCCUGACUCCGCUCUUUUCUCAUUCCUCCUGCUCCCCAGCCUGCCAUCCCUGCCCUUCUACCUAGGACAAGAGACUGGUGCUUCUUCCUGUGAGGGCAGGUGCCCCGAGGCACGCCCUUGAUGAGAGGAGCCUGGGGAUGCUCAGACUGGCCGAGUGUGUGUCAGUUUGCUCUGGAAUUGCACAUUCCUGCUUGCUUUGGUUUUAGCUUUUUUUGAGCAUGCCAAAGUUGUGUACGUUUGUAUCUCAUGGAAGAAAUCAUUUUGAUUUUGAAGGCUUAACAUUUAAAAAACAAAGAAACUGUUACCAGGUUCACUUUCUAAUUGGCCAAAAGAUAGACAUCCCAUUGUGAAUGCAGGUAGAUAUUAAAGGGCUAAUACACAGUGAGAAUCCAGGCGUCCAAAGUUUGUUAUUGAUGCUUUAGUGACACAUGAGGGCUACUGCAAAGAGAGCAAAGGAAACCCUGGCUUCUCAUCACAACCAUUCUCCCUGAGCACAAAGGCCACCAGAGCAACAGCCAAGACCCUGGGGUUCCAGAAAAACUCAACUCCCAAGUUUCUCUCCAAGUUUUUUUUCCCCCCAAGUUCCCAGCAUAAACUCUAUUUUCUGUGCAUGUCUACAAAAUGGUAGUGCCACUGUGUUGUGGUUUGAGACAUUCAGUAUCUGCUCGGGAAUGCAAGAAAGGAAACUCAGCCUGGGUCAGGAAGAAGGUGUCAGGAGACUGAUGAGCAGAUGAUUUGAAGACUGACAAGGUAGUGGGAUGUGGCCAGAGUUUUGGUGACAUGCGAUGGCAACUCACGUGGACUCUAUUUAACGGACUGAUGUUACCUCCUGUAGAUACGCUGACAGUGUUAGUCUUUGACUCCCAAGGGUUCUCUGUGACUUUGUGUAUAUGUUCCCUGAAGGUCAUUUGAUUACCUAUUUUAUUGAACUGAUUUAGCAGGGAAUGGAAUCCAUUCUAGCUGUUGCACGUGGAUUUCCCAGCUGCCCCUAAUUAUAUAUACUUGUGAGUGGCUCAGUGGCACCAACGAAGCUUUUGGCCUUUUGUACAUUUGAAGUUUGUUUGGUUUUUUUUUUUGUUUUGUUUUUUUGUUUUUUUUUUCUUUUUUUUUGUAUAUAGUGUUUGCUGCAAGGCCUGUGGAAUUAAUUCAUUGAAUAUAGAGGUAUCAACUGCUGCAUGUUCAGGCAUAUUAUAAAACUUUAGUCGAUGAAAGAAUAACUAUAAUAAUGUCCAGGUGCAAUCCUCUUAUCAGCUAUUGGUUCAAGUUACUGAGAGAGAGGUAUGUUUCUUUCUAGGGAGGGCUGGGGUCCUUUAUAUUGUUUAUUUCCUUUGGGGUUGAAGAUGUAACCAUAUGAUGAGCUAUAUGAAAUUCACAGCAGGUUCUCCUGUGCUCCUUCACGUCCUGAUAGAGAUGGCCGAUGGAGAGGAAUGUUCUCCAUAGUGGUUGCCAAGCUUGGACAGUGACUAUUUUGAGCCCAUACUAAGUGUGUCCCUAUUUGCAUCUGGCUGGUCACAGCCUUUGUUACUGAUGAUGACCUUCAGUUCUCUUUUGCUUUUUUUUUUUUUUUAAAUGAAAAACUCAGGUGUAACUGUGAUCUGUUCUUAUGAUGAUUGCAAAUAUUAAAUACUAUGCUGUAUCAAUCUGUAUGUUUGGCAUACCAGGGAAGUGAUGAAGAACAUUAGGUUAAUUUAAUUUAUCUUCAGUGACUUGACAUGCUGGGGGAAGACUAUCUUUUGGAGUGGCUAACAAGCACAGAAACAUCUUCAUGGUGGUAUCAUCUCAUUGCUUAGAAAAACAUGAUAAUACGCCCAUCAUACUCAGAUAUAAUCAAUCUCUCUCUCUCUCUCUCUCUCUCUCUCUCUCUCUCUCUCUCUCUCUCUCUCUCUCUCUCUCUCCUCAGCUUCCUUUACUGUUGUGAAUGUUGGACAGCCAGUAUCAAGUGGCUGUUUUCCAGGGCUUGGUGGUAUUCACGUGACAGCGGGGGCUAGGCCCUUCUUCCCGGCCAACUGGCACUGUGGCUGGGAAAUCAAACCAUACACUCCACCAGCAAGCAGUAGGCAGUCAGCCCCCUGGCUCCCUUUUGGUGCCCAUAGCCGGCUGCCUAGGAUGCCUCUGGCCAAUGCUGUUCUCACACUGGCAGAUUUGAAUGCAAUGGAGACCUUACACUUGUGUGUGUUGCUUGGGUGUAUACUGAGUCCUUUCAGCAAGGACUUAGCGGAGGGAAUGUGGCUCGGUGGUAGAACUCUUGCCUGGUUGGUGUAGAGCCCUGUGCUCAGGCUCCAGUAUCACACACAGAGCAAGGUUGAGGAUGGCCACACUGAUACAUUUCUGCCAGUUCCUUAUCUUUUCAACUCUCACUCUCUUUCUUUUAGAGAAAAAAAAAGAGUGCAAAAAAAUGCCAAAAGCCUACAUGAAGGAUAGUAUUUCCUCCGUUCCUCUCCUUUAUGGACUUUGUGAAGUAGAAACAUAUUUUUUUUCCUCCAAAGGUGAAAACACAAUUCAUUCUUGCUUUAAAAAAUAAAAGAAGGCUAAAAAAAAUUACCUCUUUUUAAAUUAUGUGCAAAAUAAUUCUGGCUAAAUAGAAAACGUAUUCAAUUUUAGGGGUUUUAUUUUGUAUUGUGAGGCUUUCUUUGUACACUUUUUUUUUUCCUUUCUGGAUGUGAUUUUAAUCUCUUGCCAUCCAUUAGUGUAAUUUCAUUGUAAACAUUAUUGUGCCAAAUGUACUGUAUUCAAAAGGAUGUGAAUGUGUGUUGUUCCAGAACGUAAUAAAUAUGAUGACGUUAAAUCUUA